GGAAUCGAUGCUUGAUAAGGGUAUCGAUUUCAAAGCAGGAUUUUCAUUAUGUGAAGAAUUAAUCUGUAAAUAGUUGUACAAUAAAGUAUCAUUCGGACGUCUUUUUGUCUUUAUUCGUUUUUUGUCGUGAGUUGAUAUUCUUGAAAACUAUGUUCAACAGAGGCCGGUUUCGUAUAUUAGUGCUGGUCUUGGUUUUAGCCGUUGCAACUGCCGAGGACCAAUGUCCUCUUACGAAAAAAGACUGCGAAUGCAACUUUUCGAGUGACGCCGAGGAUGGUGGCGAGUCGAUGGCUGCUGAUGCCGCGAGCAAGUCCGAAGUUCUCGCGGCAGCCGCUGGCGCCAUGAGCCCUCUUCUGAUUGGUGGAGCUGGUAUGGGGAUCUGGAAACUAUUGAAACGCGGAGGUGACGAUUCCGUACCGGGCAUGGAUCGACAAGGGUCAGACUUGUCUCAGGAGUCUUCCCCGCCAAAAUAUUCAAGCAGAAGCGGUUCUGUUGUAAGUGUGAGUGAAGAAGUGGAUACGGACAAAGACACAUUUACUAAUACCAGAACUAACAGGAAGUGGGGAUCGAACCCUCCGCCUGGUCCUAAGCCAACUACUCCGGUGGGAGACAUAAAUUCUUGGAUGUUUUGAUGCACCGAAGACAAAAUUUGAAAUCGUAAAAAAAUGACGAUUUAAAACUGAAAAUAAUGAAAUAUAUUUUUAUUCAAUUCCCUUCACUUAUUGCAAAAUGUGUUUGAUUUGAAUUCUUUCUCUUGGUGAAAAAUACGUGCUUAAUUCCGUAACUUUAUCUAUAUUUUAUCAUACAUUCGCAUCAAUUUCAGUUUUCGGGAAUUAAUCUCUCUUGGUGAAAAAAUGAAGUUGCAAUAGUAGGGUGACUAACCUUAGUGACAUUUGGAUACCAUAAACACGGUGAAAACCUCUCUAUGAGGUAAUACAAUGUAUUUUGCAUAUAUUUUCCUUAUUACUUGAUGGAUUUUCAUAAAUUAAAGUAUGUCGAAUGUUUUCAUCCGCACAAAGCGUCUGUCAUCAGUUCUCAGUACAGUUCUCAAACACUUCACCCAAACGCUUUUCGUGGACUGUGUAGAUAAUGUACAGUUACGCAGUUGGGCUAAGUGUUUGAGAAAACUACUGAGAACUGAUUUCAGACGCUCUGUGCAGAGGAAAGCACGCGUUUUGCUGUCUUACACGCACUUAAUUUUAUGAAAAUCCGUCAAGUAACACGAAAAAUAUAAGCAAAAUGUCACCAGAAUCGGAACAUUUUCUCCCUGUGUAUAGUAUCCAAAAGUUAGGUGGGUUGGCCAUCCUGAAUAUGUCGAUCAGACAAAAUAAUUUCAGGUGUGCAUUUUGAUUAAUUAUCGGCCAUAUGGCUUACUAGUCGACGUAAAUUUUGAAAUUAGCACACCUGCAUCUGACAUUCGUGCUUUCUAUAUAGAUAUUUUGAGAUACGAAUAAAAUUCCAAGCAUGCAUUAUAUUUAAAACUCAAUUGAAAACCUCAUGAUGACAUAAGCAACGGGGAAAACGUUAGUUAUCUCCUGUUGAUGUUUUAUCGGUUAUAGGACUAUAUCAAUUUAUUCUCAAACAAAAAUAAACAAAACUUAUCAACUA